UCGUGUUGACAAUAUAGACACACCUCCUCGGAUCUCCAGUUGUGUAGUGACCGUCGCAGAAACCACACGCCAUCGCCAUGUCCGGAGAUAACCUCACCGCCGUCUUACACCAGACGAAAGACCUAAGAUUGGAGCAAACUCCGAUCCCUGAGAUAAACGAUGAUGAGGUACUUCUGCGCAUGGACUGCGUGGGUAUCUGCGGGUCCGACGUGCACUACUGGCAGAGCGGCGCCUGCGGUCACUUCGUGCUCAAGGAGCCCAUGAUCAUGGGCCAUGAGGCUUCUGGCGUCGUUGCCAAGGUUGGUGCCAAAGUGAAGAACCUAGUACCAGGCGACCGCGUGGCCAUCGAGCCGGGCGUGCCGUGCCGCUACUGCGAGUUCUGCAAGACGGGCCGCUACCACCUGUGCCCCGACAUCAUCUUCUGCGCCACGCCGCCCUGCCACGGCAAUCUCGCGCGCUACUACAAACACGCUGCUGACUUCUGCUACAAAUUACCUGACCACGUAACAAUGGAAGAGGGUGCUUUACUAGAGCCCCUGUCAGUGGGUAUCCACGCGUGCCGCCGCGCCGGCGUCACUGGAGGCUCCACCGUACUCGUUUUAGGCGCGGGACCUAUAGGCCUGGUCGUCAUGUUAGCUGCUAAGGCUUUUGGUGCCAGCAAAGUUCUUAUUACAGACAUCCUUCAAUCCCGUCUGGACUUUGCCAAGAAGAUGGGCGCGGACGCGACCAUGCUGGUCACCCGCGACGACAACGAAGCCGACUUAGUGGCCCGCACCCAUCAGCUGUUGGGCGAGCACCCUGACUUCAGCAUUGACGCGAGCGGCGCGCAGUCCACCGUGCGGCUUGCCAUGCUGGCGACCAAGUCAGGCGGUACCGCAGUGCUGGUUGGAAUGGGCAGCCCGGAGCUCACCGUGCCCCUGGCGGGCGCCAUGAGCCGCGAGGUUGACAUUCGAGGCAUCUUCCGUUACGUUAACGAGUACCCCAUCGCGCUAGCAAUGGUGGCGAGCGGCAAGAUCAACGUGAAGCCGCUGGUGACGCACCACUUCUCGCUAGAGGAGACCCUGGAGGCCUACGAGACCUCGCGCCAGGGCGCCGGCAUCAAGGUCAUGAUACACGUGCAGCCCAGGGACGCCAACAACCCGCAGAAAUUCUAAACUUGGUUUUAAAACAGUGGCCAAUGGCAGGACGUCCAUAUAAUUUGAUUCCUGGUGGCUAAGACCUAUUGAUUGUAAAAGAUGUGUAGGCAUUGACGUAUAUCUCAGGGCGGGCCUUACUGGUACUAGUUCAGCGGUGUCACUCACGAAUUCGAGCCAAUCGUGCAGUCUAACGCAAACAGUUGCGGCAAUUCGCGCGCGUGAUGUUGCCGAGUUCAUCAACCAAUCGCGUUGUAGCGGUGUCACAUCGCUGUACUGGCCCCAUUCAUAUUGCCCGUAAGGCCAGUCCUGAGAUAUACGUCAAUGACUGUGGGUAUGUACAAAAGUUGAUUGUAAAACAGAAGUCUAGAGAAUAAUCGUUAAUCGUGCCUCUAAGUUUGACAAAGACAGUUGAAUAACUCUUUGCCACUGGUUCUUCCAAUACUUACCGACCAUUUCUGUCCUCUGAAUACCUAAUUAUAUUUGAAUACCAAUGUAAUGUGUAUGUAUGUAUGUGUGUCUAUUCUAUUCAGAAGGCGCAUUAAGGUUUUAAAAAUUGUAUGAAAUUUCGUGAUAAUCAUGAAUUUGAUAAAUUAAUUUGUCUAAGUUUUGACACGUUUACAGGGUUAUUUUUUAAAUCUUGCAUUGUUGUAAAUGCAUAAUUAUUUAUUAAAGCUACCGACAAAUAACAAAAUUUAAUUGCGCUACUCAUACAAAUUAUAGAUAUUAUAUUAACCUCGUGAAACAAACUAUUACCUUCUUAAGUGGUGCUCUAAGCCAUUAAUAAAAUUGCAAAUGUUAGAAGUAAGAAUGUUGUACUUAUGUAUAUUAUAGGCGCUGUUGGCGAAAUAAUAUUGUAGAUUGAUAUCUUGAAACACUAUGAAAUAAAUUAUUUUAUUACA